AUGACGGCGAAAAUGCUGGACAUAGUGGACCAAGCGGGAAAAAGCGUGAGCAGAGAAAACCUGAAGGACGAAAUAAAAAUUCUGUUCACAGACAUAGAUGGGACGCUACUUAACAGUGACCAUAAGCUAUCCCCCCAGAACAUGCAGACGAUAAUAAAGGCGAAAGAAAAGGGCAUAAAAAUUGUGCUGGCAACGGGGAGACCCACAUUCUCCGUACAGGGGGUGAUAGGGGAAGAAUUAAAAAAAAAUGACUUAAAGUUAUUCCCAGGAAUAUACCUAAAUGGAUGCAUAACGUAUGAUGAGAAGGGAGAAAGAAUAAUUGACCACGUCCUUAAUGAUGAGUUAAAAAUGGACAUUUAUAAUUUUUCAAAAAAAGAAAAAUUCGAUCAGUACUGCAUUUGGUAUACUCUCGAAAAAACCUUCUGCUUCACCAUAAAUGAUGAAAUCAGGAGCUACAUGAAUGUAGAGAGUGUUACUCCAGAAAUUAUUAAUGAAGAGACUUUUAAAACGUUGAGGGUGUAUAAAGUGCUCAUGUGUUUAAAUGAGCAAAACGUUUGCUCCGUCUUUCAAUCGUGCAAGGAUCUGUUUGCCCACAAAAUUAAUGUGGCAAAUACGUUCAUGAAUUAUAUAGAAUUAUUUCACCAGAAAACCAAUAAGUUUGAGGGGGUGAAAAAGAUUUGCGAGAGUUAUAACAUCAGUUUGAACAACGCCCUGGUCAUUGGGGAUGGUGAGAACGACAUGGAAAUGCUCGAGGGCGUGCCCACUUCUGUUUCCCCCAGCAAUGCCUCCGAGAAGGUGAAGAGGUGUGCCAAGUAUGUCGGCCCCUCCAACAACGACAGCGUCGUCAGUUACGUGCUGCAGCGGUUUUGCGGGGUGUAGAAGCGCCAUGUGGAGCGGUUUAGCGGUGUGUAUCCGUGUGAAGCGGUUUAACGCUGUUUAGCGCUGCGAACCGAGGCCCUUGCCAGAAGGUUGACCAAGCGGUGAAGCGACGCAUCACGCUCCAGCCGGACUGCUCGCUGCGCAGCUCGAGCAGACCUUGCUCCACGUGCAGCACACCCUCCCACGGAACGAACUGCCCAGCGGCACCCCAAGCUGCGUGCUGCGUUCUCAAUUUUGAAAGGUCCUCCCUUCCCCCUGUCAGAUUGUUUUAAUGUGUUUAAUUAAAUUUUAGCGCUGAUUUUUUCGCCUCCAUUUUUUUGAGCGCGUCGGCGCCGCCCGAGUUUCAUUUCGCCCUAAUUAACUGUUCCUUAAUUAACUCCCCGAGCUGACUACUCCCUAAUUAAUUGCCAUUCAUUUUUGCCCUCGCUGGGCC